CACCUGGUGCAACGGCUCCAUCUUCGGCAUCCAUAACUCCGUCGGUAUCCUUUACUCCAUGCUGCUAGAGGAGGAAAAAGAGAAAAAUCGCCAAGUGGAGUUCCAAGCAGCAUGGGUAGGAGCCCUUGCAAUGGGCAUGAUCUUCUUCUGUUCUCCCAUUGUGAGUAUAUUCACUGACCGGUUGGGCUGUCGAAUCACAGCAACUGCGGGAGCUGCUGUUGCUUUCAUUGGCCUCCAUACCAGCUCCUUCACCAGCUCCCUAAGCCUGCGCUACUUCACUUAUGGGAUUCUCUUUGGUUGCGGCUGUUCCUUCGCCUUUCAGCCAUCCCUCGUCAUCCUGGGCCACUACUUCCAACGACGCCUGGGUCUGGCCAAUGGUGUUGUAUCCGCUGGGAGUAGCGUCUUCUCCAUGUCCUUUCCCUUCCUCAUCAAAAUGCUGGGGGAAAAGAUCAAGCUGGCCCAAACCUUCCAGGUGCUGAGUACCUUCAUGUUUAUUCUUAUGCUGCUCUCACUCACCUACCGGCCCCUCCUGCCCAGCUCCCAGGACACCCCAAGCAAGAGGGGUGACCACACCCUGCACCAGCGCUUUCUGGCUCAGCUCAGGAAGUACUUCAACAUGCGAGUAUUCCGUCAGCGCACCUACCGCAUCUGGGCCUUCGGAAUUGCUGCUGCUGCCCUUGGCUACUUCGUUCCCUAUGUACACUUGAUGAAGUAUGUGGAAGAAGAGUUCUUGGAAAUCAAGGAGACCUGGGUACUCUUGGUGUGUAUUGGAGCUACCUCAGGCCUUGGGCGUCUUGUAUCAGGCCACAUCAGUGACUCAAUUCCUGGACUUAAGAAGAUCUAUUUGCAGGUCCUUUCCUUCCUGCUCCUGGGCCUGAUGUCCAUGAUGAUUCCCUUGUGCCGGGACUUCGGGGGCCUCAUUGUUGUCUGCCUCUUUCUGGGCCUGUGCGAUGGCUUCUUCAUCACCAUCAUGGCCCCCAUCGCAUUUGAGCUGGUGGGCCCAAUGCAGGCCUCACAGGCUAUUGGCUACCUCCUGGGCAUGAUGGCACUGCCAAUGAUUGCCGGGCCCCCCAUUGCAGGCCUCCUCCGCAACUGUUUUGGGGACUACCAUGUGGCCUUCUACUUUGCCGGUGUGCCCCCUAUCAUUGGGGCUGUAAUCCUUUUCUUCGUCCCUUUGAUGCAUCAAAGGAUGUUCAAGAAAGAGCAGAGGGAUUCGAGCAAGGAUAAAAUGUUGGCCCCUGACCCAGACCCCAAUGGAGAGCUGCUUCCUGGGUCACCCACCCCUGAGGAACCAAUCUAAUGCCUCUUUCUUGCCAUUGUGUGCUCCUCCCCAGCCUUUCCCCUUCAUCCCACCCUGCUCAGCAUUUACAUUUUUGCCACCAGCACACUUGUUCCCAAACCUAUGCACAUAACAUUUCAAGCCACCUGACAUCCCCCAUGGAGCCAAAGCUCCAGGUGUUCCAAACUCAUUAACCAAAUUUUCCCCAUGAAUGCCUUUAAACUUGCCAGGACUCUUCUCCUUCUAGGGCCUGGGAAAGCUUGGGAUCAUCUCCCUGGCCUCUCUAUAUACUUUCUAAUCCCUAUAGGAGGAGGGAGACGGGACUUCCUGGCUCCAGCUUCUUAUUCACCCACUAAAAUCAACUGCCAAAGGUGCUACUGAGUCCCCUGGAGUCCAGUGGGGGAGACCCAAGCCUCUGUUUGCUGAGAUGUUCAUUGCAAUUCAUCUUGUGUGUGGGGGGUGAUAAGAAGGUAAAAUGAGACAAGAAGCCUUUUGAGUCUCAGAGUUUCUGAGGACUGUGGCUUCCCAAGAGCUGUAUAUAGGCAGUAUCCCUAUCAUAUGGUUGGUUAUGUCUGCUUUCUUCUUCCCAUCUUUCUUUUUCUUGCUACUGUGUCCCCUCUAUCUUCUCCCCAUCUAAUUAUUUUUAUGACUAUCAUAGACACAUGGGUGCUUGGAGAAAGGAGGGACCCGGAUCUUAGGCCAUCAACUCAAUCUACCCCUAACACUAGCAUCAGUCCUAUUCAUCACAGGCUGAGCCACAUCUCACUUCUUGGCUCAUGCUGAUACAAUCAUAGACUGGAAGAGUAGAAUAUCAUAUAAGGAAGGUACCUUAAACACCAUAGGGUUCCAUAUUCUACUCACUGAUUUUUACAGAUCACCCAGGCCAGUGCAUUAACCUUGAGGCCCUCCUAACUCCCCAUUCUGUUUCUGUCUGUCAAAAUGUGAAGAAAUUCUUUUCAUCUCAGCAGGCAAAGGACUGAUGACAGGAAGCUGGCAUGGUGGGAGGAGGAGUAGUGGUUAUUAACAUGGUGAAGGACCAACUCUUCCAUCUCUCAGUUCUCAUGA